CAGCUAUCUGGGGCACCGGGCCAGCACGUCUAGCCAGCUCGAAGUGCCACGACUUCACAGCAGACCACGGAUUCUCCAGCGGAGUGAGGGGGACAGCACUGGGAAAAAGCUAGUAAGCUAGAUAAAUAGGUAGCUUUGCAGAGUAGUCUCUUCACCUACCAGUUACAACUCAAAGCGCUUUGCCCUCUCUCCAUUCCCUUUGAAGCCAGCAGGCGUAGCUACAUCUCCAGUGAGGUCACCUGAAACUUAAAUAUGGAUAUCUACGACCCCCAAACCCUUGGGAUAAUGGUGUUUGGUGGAUUCAUGUUGAUCUCUGCACUUGGGAUCGUUCUUGUUUCCACCUUCUCCAUGAAGGAGACCUCGUAUGAGGAGGCCCUGGCUAAACAACGCAGAGAGUUAGGUAAGAUACAGUCUACUCGCCCUGACAAAAAGAAGAAGGACAAAGUAGCUGAAAAGAAGGGCCGUGGGAAGAAGAAAGAAGAUAAGCCCAAUGGAAAGAUCCCGGAGCCUGAGCAAAUUGAAGAGGAAGUCAUUGAGCCUGCUGCUGCCGGAGUUGAAGCUGCUGCCCCUGAACCCGAACCCGAACCUGUCCCUUCUGUUGAGGUUAAGCCCACUGCAGCCCCUGCACCAGCAGAAGCCCUGCCAACAACUGCUGCUGAACCAACUCCUGCUAUUUCUGAUCCCUCACCCGCACCCUCACCUAAAGAGAAGAAGAAGAAGAAGGUGGCGAAGGUCGAGCCAGCCUCUACCCAAACAGUCGUGGCUGCCCCUGCACCAGCCAAAUCUGCUGCAGCCCCAGCCAAGACUACACCUGCUCCAGCUAAGACAACACCUGCUCCAGCCAAGACUACACCUGCUCCAGCCAAGACCACACCUGCUCCAACCAAGACCACACCUGCUCCAACCACUACACCUGCUCCAACCAAAACUACACCUGCUCUAACCAAGACUGCACCUGCUCCAACCAAGGCUGCCCCCGAGCUGGAAGCUGUCACCAAAGACGUCCCGGUGAUGGCGGUGCCCCCAGUAGGGUCUCAACCGGCUCCUGCUGCUGCAGGAAAGGGACAGGAGUCCAAGAAGAAGGCUUCCAAGAAAAAGGCUGAGCCUGUUGCGGUGGUGGAUUCCCCCGAUGCUCCUUUGUACCUGCCCUACAAGGCCCUGGUUUCCACCAUCAGCAGCAUGGUGUUCAGCGAAGGAGAGGCCCACAGGCUCAUCGAGAUUCUGUCUGAGAAAGUUGGCAUCAUUCAAGACGCAUGGCACACGGCCUCUCAGAAAGGUGACCCAGUGGCCAUGCUGAAGAAGCAACUGGAAGAGAAAGAGAAACAGCUGGCGGCAGAACAAGAGGAUGCUUCUGCAGCGAAGAACCGGCUCAGGGAACUCGCCAAGGAUCUGUCUGCCGAGAAGUCAAAGGUGGCCAGUGUGGAGACCAGGCUGAGUUCCCAGCUGAGUAAGAGGGAGCAGGAAAUGAUUGCUCUGCAGGCACGCAUGCAGGCCAGUUACCAGGAUCAUGUAGCGCAGACCCAGGAGCUCAAUGGAAAGAUCGUGAGCCUGCAGGACCAGUUAGAAAAAGGCCCCAAUGCCCAGCUGGUCCGUCUGCAGCAGGAGAACUCCAUCCUGCGUGACGCCCUCAACCAAGCCACUAGUCAGGCCGAGAGCAAGCAAAAUGCGGAGCUUGCCAAGUUGCGUCAGGAAUGCACCAAGUUAACCAAGGAACUGGGAGAGAAGACGGAAAGUCUGCUUGCUGAUGAGCACCUCAAGAAAGGGCUGGAGGCCAAGGUCUCCACUACUGAGAAGCAGCUCUCCAUGCUGCAGGCCAGCCAUGCUGAGAAGGAGCAGGCGUCCCACAGGAGGAUUGAGGAGGUGUGCGAGGAGCUCAGAGCAGCACAGAGUGCAAAAAACAGCCUGCAGGCCACUUUGGACAAUACCCAGCAGGACAGCAGCGCAUCAUCAGAGUUACAGGUGCGUAUUGGGAGUUUGGAGACUGAGAUCAGCGAGCGCUCUGCUCAGGUGGACGCCCUCACUGCCAAGCUAGAGGAGACACAGGCAGAGAAAAGCCAGCUUGUACAGCAGGUGGCCACCAUCAACUCACUGCUGGAGGCCAAUCAGACCAAACAGGAGGAGGAUAACAAUCAGGUGGAUGCUGCCGAAGUGGAACAGCUGAAGCUCAGCCUUCAGGAGAGAGACAACCAGUUGAACACACUUCACGAGGAACUGAAGCAACUGCAGAUGAAGCAGGAAGCUGCUGAGAACACUGUUGUGGAUCUUGAGCAAAAACAUGAGAGUGAUGACCUCGGCCUUAUUACAUCACUUCAGGAAGAACUUAAAAACCUCAAAGAAGAGAUGGCGCAACCUAAAAACACACCACAGUCUGAUAGCGCCUCAGAGCUGGAACUACUACAGAGCAGCCUGACUGAGAAGGAGGCCCUUGUCACAUCGCUACAAGAGGAGCUGAGAGAAGUGAGAGAAAAGACGAGCAAUGAUGCACAGAGCGUUGCAGCAGAACUGACAGCUUUUCAAACGGAAACCAAAGAAGCUCUCCAGACACUCUUCCCACACAUACCCAUAGAGACAGACCAGUCAAACUGGUUACAAGAAUAUACACAGAAAGCUCAGGAGGCGCUCAGCCAGCAGAGCCCGGAGUCUCAGUCGAGCACGGAGCUGCCUGAGUUGCUUGAGAAACUGAAGGAGGCUGAGGAGAGCCAUGGCGUCCUGCAGGCUGAAUGUGAACAGUACAGGACAGUCCUGGCUGAAACUGAAGGAAUGCUGAAACAUCUGCAGAAUAGUGUGGAGGAAGAAGAGCUGGUAUGGAGGUCAAAGAUGGCUAACACGGAGGAGCAGCUCAGGGAGGCUUUGGAGAAAGUCAGCAAGCUGGAUGCAGAAAACCAAAGUGUAGAACAGUUGAAGGAACAGAUGAUGCUUCUUGAAGCCCAGCUGGAGAAGCAGUCAGAAAGCCCGGCAACCCCAGAGGAGACGGAGCAGCUGACACUGCAGUUGUCGGAGAGUCAGAGGCAGCUGGAUUUGGCCCAGAAGGAGGCCCAGGCACACAAGGAGGAGCUUGCGCAGGUCAGAGAGCAGCUGGGCAAGAUCUCGAUGCGGGCUCAGCAAGAGCAGAAUGGCCCAGCUGAGGCUCAACCAUGUCAGUUUCAAAACGAGUUGAGUCAGACAACUGAGAAGUUACAGGAGGAGGGGUCUCAGAGACAGCAGCUUUCAGAGGAGUUUGAGCAGGCUCAGAAGACUAUAACAGACCUUCAGGCUCAGUUGGAUCUCCUGAAUGUUUCUGCUGAGUCACCGCAAGCUGACACAGAAGAUGUUGCACAGCUCACGGAGCGCCUGGAGAAGGAGAAAAAGCUGUCCAAAGAUCUCGGCCAGGCAGCCACCAAGCUCCAGCAGCUUCUUAAGGCCACCCAGGAGCAGCUGACCAAAGAGAGAGAAACCGUGAGAACACUACAGGAGCAUCUGGAAGACAAGGUGGAGACACCUGAUGUGGGAGAAUAUGUGGAGCUGAAGGAAGGAACUUCUGUCUGAAGUGGAAGUUCACUGCAGACACUACAAAAAAAAAACUGCCAAAUAAGCCUUAUGAUUACCAUAGUUAUGCAUUCCAAAACUAUUACUUUCUUGUACUGUAGUUGAUUGCAUUUGUUGCAACUGUAGGAAUCAAAUGUUUGAUAUUAUGAACAUUUCAAAGUAAGAUUAGAGGAGAUGAUCCUGCUAUGAUCUUUAUUGAAACCCACAUUCCAUCAAAAAUUCUGGCUAUGUCAGAAGUUAUUUAUCCCCCUGCCUUAUAUUCCAGACAUUUACCCAUAGUUCAGUGUUAAAAAGGGAAACCGAUUGUACGUCAAACGUACAUCAACCUGUGCAAUUACUUUGUAUGUCUUUUCUAUGUGGUUGAAUGAUGGGAACAUUUUAUGGUUCAAUGUUUCAUUCACUUUUAGAGCCUGCUUUUCUUCUUAGCUGGCUGCCAAUUACACACAUCAAUUUGUAUGAAUGAAUAAACUACAAUGUAGCUCUA